AAUAAAUAUAAUCUCGUCGUCACUAUCAUUAAACCCUAGCCUCCUCCGCAGCUCUCUCUCUUUCUCUCAUCACAAUCGCCGACAUAUACUUACACCUAUACACACAUCUAUACAUACGCCUAUAGAUACAGAUAUUUGUAUAGAUCCGUAGGAGAUGGAAUUGAAUUUUAGAUCUUGAAAAGUUUGUGUGAUUUUGAUCGAUUAAGGGUUGAAAAGGUUGGAUAUAUUCGGAAGGGGGUGUUCGGUUUCGGAGAGUGGGGGUUGGUGGAAUUGAGUUCGUGGAGGUUUUUAGCCUCGAUAGGAUUGCAGCCAGAUGCCUGCUGUGGGAAUGAGAAGAAGUACACGGGUUUUUGGGGCGAGAGUUCUGCGGUCAGGGAGGCGGUUGAGCACGGCUGAGCCUGGUGAGGUUUGGAAGCAGCAACACCAGACGAGGUCUGCUGGUCAUGUGGAGGAUGAUUUGGCAGACAUUUUUAAGGAUAGUAAUUCGGUGGAGGGUAAGAAGUUGCGCAAGGAAAAGAAUGGGAGGCAUAAUGUGAUGGUUUUAGUCGAUGAUGAACCGAAAGAAAUGGAUGUUGAUGAAAAGACGGUGGAAGGUGCUGAGGGCAGAAGGUGGGGUGCUGUUUAUCAGAGGAAAAGGAAGGGAUUGAAUGUGAAAGAUGAUUUCGGUAAAAGGUAUGGAAGACAGUUUUCUAGACAACGCGUGAAGAGACGUAGAGGAAGUGAAGCUGUUUGCCAAGUGCAAAUCACUCGCACUGGUGUCAACUGUUUUGCUGUUUUUCUUGAUUCUGUGCUGAGUUAUAUGAGCAGGGUAAAUGUAACAUCACAGCAGCUUUCAGCUUUUUUGUUGUCUGAGCCCAUCUGCAGUGUUUAUGACUUGCAUGGCAUUCACUUCCUGCAGGAUUCUACUUUUAAUGCAAGACCCGGAGUCUGUAGGAUAAUGGAUUCCAGGUGUUCCGUACCUAUGUUUGCAUUGGAUUAUUCUGCACUUCCAUCUGUUUUUAUGUUUUUCCAUACAAGUUUACUUAUUAGAUCUGCUACCUUACCCAUAACAAAUGGCAUGGAGGUGAAUUGUGAUAGUAUGAGUGAUGAUGAAGAAAUUUCAUCUCACAGAACCUGUGGUUUCGAUUUUAUUGGAGGUGAAACUGGGGUCGCAGUAUAUAGUACUUCUGAGAGGAGGGCGUUGCCCUCGGGUGCUCCCAAAUCAGGUGCUAGAACAUUACAAUUAAGAAGUGUUCAUUCUCGUAGCAUCCAGAAAAGGAGGAGUUCUCUUAGACUGAGGAGAGGGAGGAAUCUUUCAUCAUUUAUUGUGAGAAAAGCUGCUGUCAGCCAUCCACAUACUGCUAUGUCUCUCAGGAAUAGUGGACUUCCAUUGACCUCUGUGAAAUCUAACCAGGAAAUUCUUAGCCCUGUUCGUGAAAUUUCAACAAGAAACUUUGAAGAACUUAAAUCUAUGCCGGUGGCAACUAUGGAAGAUCUUGAUGCUUCUAGCUGUCAUGCAAAUAUAUUGGUUAUUGAAGCAGAUAAAUGUUAUAGGGAACAAGGAGCUACAAUUGCCCUGGAUUGUUCUGCUUCAAACCAAUGGUUUUUUAAAAUCAAGACAAAUGGUGAAAGGGAAUUCAACUUAAUGGCAGAAAAGGUUAUGAGACCUUGUACUUUCAAUAGAGUAACUCGAGCUACAGUAUGGACUACUGACAAUGGUUGGAAGUUGGAGUUUUCUAAUAGGACAGACUGGCUAAUCUUCAAAAGACUCUAUAAAGAAUGCUUUGACCGCAAUGUUCAGGGUCCUAUUGUUAGUGCCAUUCCUGUCCCUUGUGCAGUUGAAGUAACUAGCUAUGUUGACAACGAUUAUGUCCCCUUCAGUAGACCAGAGUCUUACAUCCAGUGGAAAGAUGAUGAACUGACCAGAGUGUUGGGGAGAGGAAGUCCAAGUUAUGACAUGGAUUCUGAGGAUGAAGUAUGGUUGAGCAGAUAUAAUUUCGAAAAUGGAUUUGAUGAGCCAAUCUCUGCUGAUGUUUUUGAGCUGGUUAUUAGUUCUUUCGAGAAAUGUUUAUUCUGUGUUGAAGAUGAGUAUCUUGAUGUAAAAGCUGCUGUUGACAGUUGUACAUCUCUGGGAAGAAGAGAGGUUCUCGAAGCCAUCCAUAAUUACUGGAUGAAAAAACGAAAGCAGAAACGUUCUGCCCUGGUCAAGGUUUUCCAGUGUUAUCAACCAAGAAGAAGUCAAGUUUUAACAAAGGCUGUUCUUCGCAAGAAAAGAUCUUUCAAUCGACAGGCUAGCAAAAAUGGAAGGGGGAAGCAACGAACUUUUCUUGAAGGCAUUGCAGCUGGACGAGAUACUGUUGAUGACCAGAAAAAAAACAUAUUAAAGGUCCAAGAAGCUGGUGCUGCAGCUAAUAGAUCAGAUGAUUUAGCUGUUUUCAAGCGCAAAAGAGCCCAGUUGCUGAUGGAAGUUGCAGAUAAGUAUACUUACAAAGCGACAAUGGCCCUCAGAAUUUCGGAAGCAAUUGGACAGGGGAAAUCACAUAUAGAUCUUGCCAAAAUAUUUCUCGGCUGACCUAACCGCCCUUUAGUUGCUUUAUUUGUGUCCUGGAAAAACAGUCUCAACCAUUUAUUGUCAGAAGAUUUGAAGGCACAUUCUCUUUUUGCAGUAAGCCAUGUUGAGUUGGUGGUCAACAAAAUUGUAAUCUGUACAGGUUUUAGUUAGAUGUACAUGUAUUAUUAUCAUAAUUAUUAUCCGUGUAUCUCACAGGCCAACAGUGGAGCGGUGCUUUGAGUGUUGUUUUUUUGGAGAUUUAAGGAAUAUACAGAAGACGAAUGAGACCUUGAACUGAGAA